ACCAAUGUGAGUUUGACAUUUCGAACGUAUUCACGUUAACAUCGAAAGAAAUUUGACAGAUAAAAGGAAAACAUUGGAAUUGAUAGAAAAUAUGUUGAAUGAAAUAAAAUUGGUUUAGAUAGGACUUCAACAAGGAAAUAUGGUUAAAUUCAAAGCAGUGCAUCAAUGUCUGAUUUGUCAGCAAACAUUUGAUAGUGCCGCUGACAAAGACGAUCACAUUCUGGGGCAUUUUUCUCAAGAAACUUGCGCGGAAUGCAAUCAAAAUUUGAUUCGAAUCGGUGGAUAUUUAUAUGUUCGACACAAUGAAGCGACAUGCAUAAAGAAGGUACCAAUAUCAGGAGACCCUUUGGAAUGUGAUGAAGGUAGCACUGCCACAAGUUUGGUGAUUUUGAAUGCCUUUAGCAUGAGAAUGCCAGAAAUCAAAACAGAACCAGUUGAUCAACAUGAGAAUGAAGACAUCUUGAUAGAUACUGAUAACUUUGAACCAAACAUUUUGAAGAAAACAGACGUGAUGCAUACAGCCCAAUCAAAGAUCAAACAGGAAGUCUUGGUGCAGGAAAAUCAUGAGCAAAUUAAUGAAUGUGAGUCAACUGAGCAGUGUGAAAUUGAACCUGAGACUCAAACACAUGCAUUACGCAUCUGGCAUGUGAACUUGAAUGAUGAAAAUCUCAACAUGCAGGCAGAAUACCCAGAUCCGGCUAACACAAUCGAGAUUUCUAAUUCUCCGAAAAAACCAAAUUACCCGAGCAGCACGUGUGAUGAAUCCUUUCAAAGUGUACGAGGAGAAGAUAAUCUGACUGGGAUAAAGUUCGGAAUUAAAUUGGAAGAACUGUUGAUUGACUCCUCACCUAAUGAGCUACAGAGCCAACAAGAUGAUAGUGACCAAUGCGAUGAUGGCGAUGCAACAUUCGUGAUGCAAAAUUCAAAGGAACAAUUCAUUUGCGAAAUAUGUAAAAAAGAAUUCUCAAAGCGUAGUAAUCUCCAAGAUCACAUUCGUCGUCGUCGACACGGACCUAACGCAAACAAAUUUAAAUGUAGUAUAUGUGGGCAAUUAUGUAUUAAUGAACGCAAGCUGCAAACGCAUAUUGGGGAAAUCCAUUUGAAUCUAAAAAAGUUCAGAUGCAAUGCGUGCGAAAAGUCUUUUAAAUAUAAAUCACAUUUAAUACAACAUGAACGAGUUCACAAGGGUAAGAUACCCUUCAAAUGUUCAUACUGUGAUGAACGUUUCACAUCUCACAGUAAUAAAUUUCAACAUGAGCAAAGUCAUACCGGUGAAAAGCGAAAUGCUUGUGAGAAAGCAUUCAGUAGCAACACCGAGACAAAGAGCACGGAAUAUCCAUUGAAUAAAAACAACAACCUAACAAAAAAGAAUAAUACAGUAAAACCUGUCAAUAACGGAACCUGGGAAUAGUGGAAAUCGUUACAAUAGUGGAAAAAAAAUUUGGCCGUUGAGCUCUCCCAUACAAAUUUACCUGUUAAUAACGGAAAACCGAAACUUCCAGUAGUGGAAAAAAAUUUCUUGACUAAUUUUCUCCUUUAUCAAAACCACUGAUCUACAUAAAAAUUGUGCAGUACAAUUUACAUUACAUUCAUUUCAGUAAUAUUUUUCACUUUUGUCGCCAAAAUCAUUACUUAUUUAUUCAAGCAAACAAAUUUUUGACGCUCCCAGUAAAAACAUAUUCACUUGAUCAGUGCAUUUACAUUAAGUUCGGUAAUCAUUGUUUCAUUUCAUGAAAUGCAGAAUUCAUCGCUGCCAAAUUGAUAGUGUAAAAAAUGAGUAUCAUUUACCUUCCCAUUUUGAGUCAUUGUUUAGACUGCUUGAUUAUUUUAAAAAGUGAUGUUUGUCAUUCACUCAGUGAAUUUCACUGUUUUUUCACUUUCAUUUUUCCUUCAUUCAUUUAGUAAAAAAAUACUUUUAUUUCAUUUUUUCCUUUUCACGUUCAUUGAAUCGCACUUGAUUUGAUAAUUGAAUACCCAUAAAAAUGUAUGUUUUGUUUCUUUUUACCCUCAAUAAUGGAAAGUUUUGUUUGAGUCGACUCAAAAACCUCUGAAUAACGGAUCCUGUGAAUACUCGAAUUCUUGUCAAUAGUGGAAACAAAAUUUCCCCAUGGGAUUCCGUUAUUGACAGCUUUUACUGUAAUACAAUUGGUAUGUCAUUCUUACCACACAAAAAAACAGAAUAAUAACUUUUUUAUUGAAAUGAAGUUAAUAAUAUUUUUGUAAAAUAAAAAUGUACAAAUGAUUCUUUUUUUUGUAAUAAAUUCAUUUCAAUUUUCGUAAA